AGGAAGCGCAAAGCUGGCCACGCUCCGUGACAGCAAACGGACUGAGCCGGCAGUUUGUCCGCCAGCUGAAAACAGUCUGUCACAACGCGUCUUGGAGACGAGUUGCGAAAUAAGCGAGAUUUAUUUCAAUCCUCGGUCACGAUUCGUUCGAGAUGACGUUGAAGUCGUUGAUGAACUUUGGGAACUUGGGCAAGGAUCACCGUCCCCCCGUCGAACGGUACCAAGGUGCUUCCAGAGGUUACCAUCACAGUGGCUCCGGCGGAUGGUAUCGGGGAAACUCUAAGGGAAAAGGUGGAACCGGAGCUGCGCUCAGCGCCCUGACUUUGCUCGCAUUUUUGUUUCUAAUAAACGUGAUGCAGCAAUCGUUGCAGGAUACUAAUUCGACAAUGCCGACGAUGUCGCCUACUAUGUUCGUGGUCCGUGAGGGCGAGUUACCGAUAAUAGUAGACGCGAAGGAAGAGAAGGAAGUGAAGAGGCAAGACGACGUGCACAAGACACAAGCGAAAUCCAAGAUUCAAAGGCUUAACAAUCAGUAUAUUAAAUAAAACGAAUCGGUACAUAAUGAUUGAUACACGAUAGUAGUCGAAAAAGGAUGGAGAAAAUCAACACGGAUCGAUCGGAUUGGAAGCUGCUUCGCGCUCGUUAACAAUCCAUCUUUUUGACAAGG